CCAGGCCAGAAUACUGAAAGCGUCUGCAGCCUCCAGAUGUACAAUAAUAAAAGGAUUGAGCAAAUGGAGUACUCUCAACACAACUCUGUCCCUCAAUCUCGGCUCCCAGUUGCUGCAAAGAUGUCACCUGUGCUGCCUCCUCUGACCCCAAUCCCUCCAAAAGAGCCUCAAACAAAACAAAGAGGAGCUCAAGCAGGGAGGUUCCUGCCCGCUGUCAAGGGAACAGGUAAGGUCUUCAAUAAACAUUUAGAUGAGUAUAAAACAAGUUAAUGGGUUUAAUUAGCUUAUUUAAAUGUUUAAGUUAGGUUAAGUUGUUUGAAGGACUGAAAAAAAGUAUUUUUUGAUUUACCAGACAAGAAAGCAUGGGGUGACCGCAGCCCCCAGACGGGAAAGAACACAAAGGCUGUGAUGUCGCCUUUAACUCUGGCUGCAGAGAGUCUGAACCUCUGCUUCCAGCUGAUCUCAUCUGAUGACUGGUAAGACACUGAAAGAGCAUCACAUGUACCACUUAGGGGAUUUUAUUAUAAAGCACACUUAAUUGCAGCUUCGCUUAAUGUGCUUUACAUUGAGGUUAAAAAUAUAGAAAUACAGAAAUGAACAAUUGUUUAAAUAAUAAAGCAUGAGCACAACCUUCAUCAGACACACGUAACACGGCAGCUAAACACCAAAAAGCUUAAAGAAAUAAUAAAAACAGCUUCCCACACCAACCACAGAAAGGAUCACAUUUACACACACAGAGUAAUUAUUCAUACACUUUGGAAGGUUUUGAGUUGUCCCCUUUCUUUACCUUUCCCAUUCGUCAUUGAUUGAUAAGUAUCCAGUCAGCUUCCUUGUAUCAUAUUUUCAGAAGCUGUUUUAACUGCAGGUUUGAGAUUUUUUUUAUCAGUGUGGUUAAGUACAUUUUUUUAAUUCUAACAUGCAGGAUGAAGAAAAUUGAAGGCUUGAAAAGAGUUCAAGAUCUUGAACAGAACCACUUGGAGGUCCUCAAAACCAAACUCCAUGAUGUGUGCCUGGUUCUCAUAAUGGAGGUGAAAAACCUUCGCUCCGCUGUCGCCACUGAGGCUAUGUGCACCUUAGCCGACAUGUAUGUUCGACUCCAGAAGGCCAUGGACCCAGAGGUUGAGGCUACAGGCCAGGCCCUGCUGCUCAAACUGGCACAAACCACCAGCGCCUUUAUUCAUGAGCAGGCCAAUCUUGCACUACAAGCCAUGGUGGAAAACUGUAGCCAUGCUCAGGUCCUUAACGCCCUGUUGAACAAAGGGCUCAGCCACGGUUGUGUUGCUGUGCGAUGCAGCAUGGCUCAAUACCUGCACCAGCUGACUGACAGCAUGGGAGCAGCACAAAUCCUCACAGCCGGAAAAGGCAUCACGGAGCGCAUCCUCACAGCUGUCUCUAAGAUCGCUAUGGAUGCUGCAUUGGAAGUUAGGCAACAUGGACAAACCAUCCUACUUGAACUGGCCCGCCAACAGGAAUUUCAACUCCUGUGGAAGAAAAUUAUCCCUGGUGAAGAACGCUUCUACCUGGACAAGCUCCUAAAGAAGGCCAAGAAAUGAAAAAUGGCAGAGCCAUUGUUUGUGUCAAUAAAUGUUUCAUGAGCAAAUUUACUGUUGUUUUAAAAAAUGUUUUUGGAGUUGAAAUAGCCUCAAACACUGAGAGUAAACACACUUACUGUUGUGGUGCCAUCUGA